AUGGCGUCAACAACCGACAAUGUGGCCUCCAAGAAGGAGCUUCAUGCCCCUCAGCAUGUUGAGGCCCCCACAAACCUCGACCUCGAAGCGGUAGCCAACCGUCAGGAUGAGCAGAUAACCUUUCAGUACGUGUGGGAGAAUAAAAGAGUCCUAGGGUGGUGCCUCUUGAUCUUCCUCUUACCAGUGAACUUCGGCUACGAGAGCAGUACAGUCGGCAACCUGCUAGCUGUCACGCCAUUCCUCGAGGAGUUCGGUCAGCAGGUGAACGGCGAGUGGGUUGUCAGCGCUCGAGACCAACAGAUCCUCAAUGCCGCGACGACAAUCGGCCUGUUCGUGUCUGCGUUCGCCACCGGUUUUAUCUCGGAUAGAUUGGGUCGCAAGAAGACCAUCAUUGGCGCUUGCAUUCUCUGCGUCGCCGGCGUUAUUGCCCAGUACUUCAGUCAGACCGUCAUGCAGAUUUUUGGAGGAAAGAUUGUGGCCUGUUUCGGCUUCGGCUUGGGUCACUCGCUUGGUCCCGUUUUCGUUGCAGAACUUGCGCCGGUUAGAAUGCGCGGAAUUUGCUUGGCGCUGGUGAACACCAUGAUCGUGAUAGGCCAAUGGCUCAACUCACUCGCUGUGUUCGCGAGCGACAAGACCCACUCCGAUAGUCUCGCCUGGCGCAUCCCAAUCAUCACACAAAUCAUUCCGCCCGGCCUCCUGCUGUUGGGUCUUGCCUUCCUGCCGGAAUCGCCCUCGUGGCUCAUUAUGCACGGCAGACACGAGGAAGCCGCCGAGUCUUUCCGUCGCUUCAACGGCCCUAAGUUCGACGUCGAUGAAGCCAUGACCAUCAUGACUGUUGCUGUGGCGAAGGAACAGGAGCUCACCAAGGAGUCCGGAUCGUGGCUCCAAUGCUUCAAGGGCUCCGACGGUCGUCGAACUCUCAUCAUUUGCAUGGUGUACAUCUCGCAGCAGUUCAUCGGUGUGAACUUCAUUAGUGGCUACCUCACAUACUACUUCCGCCUUGCCGGCGUCCAGAACCCCAUCGGAGUCGCCCAGGCCGCCUUUGCGGUGCAGCUAUUCGGGAACAUGUGCUCUUGGCCGCUCAUCGAUCGUCUUGGACGUCGUCCUAUGAUCGUCGGUGGCUGCUUCGUCAUGACUGCUGCACUGCUUGUCAUCGGAGGCAUCAGCACUUUGGAGAACAAUCAAAAGGCCUUGAUGGCUACCGUCAGUUUGAUGACAAUCUGGGGAUUCUUGUACCAAAUGACACUGGGCGCCACGUCCUACAGUGUCGGAGGAGAAACGCCGAGUAAUCAACUUCGCCAGAAGACCUACAGCAUCAACAUCAUGUCAGCAACGGCUGUCUCUUGCAUGACUCUUCAGGUCAUGCCGUACUUGCUGAAUCCGGAUCAAGCGAAUAUGGGAGGUAAAAUUUGCUUCGUCUUUUUUGGUCUCUCGGUGCCCAUGUGUGCGUACCUUUACUUCUGCCUUCCGGAGAUGAAGGGUCGUAAUUACCUGGAACUGCAGGAGAUGUUCCAGAAGGGUGUCCCGGCACGUCAAUUCAAGAGUUACAAGUGCGACUGCACGCUUGAUGUGCCUGAGAGCAAGGUCAUCGACCGAGAAGACUCCACCCCCUCUGCUCGAGAUGAUCCUCUCGCCGCUCGGAUUCCCAGCCAGUCUCAACUCGCCCGGUUUCAACAGGAAGCCCAGAGAGAUGGCAACACAUUAGUCGGUCUCUCCCACGGCUCUAGGGAUGUGAAGUCGGUCAUCCGAUACCACAAAUCUCGCGCCUCCCAAGCAAUCAAACUCUUCCAUGAAAAGUUUGGCAAACAGACCGCGCAAGUGCCCUCGGACGCUGUCCAGGAGGGUAGUCACGAGUCCAAUUCGACUUCGGGGAGCGACACUUUCGGGCCGUCAAGUUGA